CUUAUAUGAGAUCAAAUGGCUGCCUUUCCCCACAAGAUUAUAUUUUUCCUGGUAUGCUCUACUUUGACACAUGUGGCUUUCUCAGAAACUCCAGGAGGAAUGCAUCACUGCUGACAUCUUGACUUUAGGACUUCUCACCUCCAGAAUUAGUGUACAUGUAAUCAGCAAGACCUAUUCCUCGAAAGGAAUUUUCAAUAAACGUGACUUCACUAGGUGGCCUAAGCCCCGAUGUAAAAUGUAUAUCCCACUGGACCUUGAUUACGAUGCAAACUGCCCCAAUGUGACAGCACCUGUUUGUGCCUCAAAUGGCCACACUUUCCAGAAUGAGUGUUUCUUUUGUAUUGAACAGAGGGAAUUUCAUUAUCGUAUAAAAUUUGAAAAAUAUGGAAAAUGUGAUUAAUGGGUACUGGAGUACCUACACUUGCUUAUUCUUUUUCUACUUAAUUCAGAAUAGUAUUUCUUUUGGAGUGUGAGGAUGUAAAUUAACAUCCCUAUGCUGUACUUAAAUGUCAAACAAAAUGGGAGACAAAAACGAAGGAAUCAAACUGACAAGAACCAAAUAUCACAUUUACUACAAAUAAACAACAAAAGAGCUGA